CAAAUCAAAUAAUUGCAUGGUAGUCUCAUGUAAUCCCCUUAGCCCCGUACAGCUUCAACUCCAUAUCGAUCUUCGCCUUGAUUUUUCCGUUCUUCUCAUCCAGAGUCCACACUAUCUUCCAUGGUUGCUGAAUCAGAAGUUCACAAAAUUUCCCCAAUGCAGCGUUUCUGGGAACCCCAAUUAACGGAAAAGCGACACUGAAGCUGAUCGCUACUAGUGCUGCUUUAGGGUUUUGGUUCUGGGAUGAGAGCUCAUGGCUGUUGCUAGUGCUGCACUGAUCGCUCCCUCUUUAUAUUGCAUUUCUCGAUUCAAUUAUAAUGUCAAAUGCCAAGAAGAUCAUAAGGUCUUCCUUUCGGACUUCCCUGCAGAAUAUGGCUCUGGGUUUUGUGGUUCGAUUCUUUGUAUAGGGUCACAAGCGAAGAGGACUGAUAUUGUGACUGGGAAGAGGAGAUUGAAUGCAGUUGAUACCCGCAUUGUCGAAAAUGCUCAGACGAAAUCCACGAUUGAAAUCCCAAUUACCUGCUACCAGCUAAUUGGAGUUCCUGAUAAAGCUGAGAAAGAUGAAAUUGUUAAGUCAGUCAUGGCUUUGAAAAAGGCAGAUAUUGAAGAAGGUUACACCAUGGAUGUUGUUGUAUCUCGCCAGGAUCUUCUAAUGGAUGUUAGGGAUAAGCUUCUUUUUGAACCAGAAUAUGCUGGCAGUCUAAAAGAAAAGAUUCCCCCAAAAGCUUCACUACGUAUUCCUUGGUCUUGGUUUCCUGGUGCUCUUUGCCUUCUUCAACAGGUUGGAGAAUCACAGCUUGUGCUUGACAUUGGACGUUUAGGUCUCCAACAUCAAGAUGCCAAGCCAUAUGUACAUGAUUUGCUUCUUUCUAUGGCUCUAGCUGAGUGUGCGAUUGCAAAGAUUGGCUUUGAGAAGAACAAAGUGUCUCAAGGUUUUGAAGCUCUUGCUCGUGCUCAAUGUCUUCUAAGAAGUAGACCAUCUUUAGCGAAAAUGACAUUGCUAUCACAGAUUGAACAAUCUCUUGAGGAGCUCGCACCUGCUUGCACAUUGGAACUAUUGAGCAUGCCACAAACCCCUGAAUAUGCUGAUCGCAGACAAGGAGCAAUUGCAGCUUUGCGUGAGUUGCUGAGACAGGGUCUUGAUGUUGAAACUUCAUGUCAAGUUGAGGAUUGGCCUUCAUUCCUAAACCAAGCCUUCAGCAGGUUGCUGGCUGCUGAGAUGGUUGAUCUUCUUCCCUGGGAUAACUUAGCUGCAACAAGGAAGAAUAAGAAGACAAUUGAAUCACAGAACCAGAGGGUGGUUAUCGAUUCAAAUUGUUUCUAUAGGGCUUUUAUAGCUCAUGUGGCACUUGGAUUUCCAAGAAAGCAAAAGGAUUUGAUUAAUAAGGCAAAAAAUAUAUGUGAAUGUUUGGUAGCUUCAGAUGGCGUUGAUUUGAAAUUUGAAGAAGCUUUUUGCCUCUUCCUCCUUGGUCAGGGCACAGAAGCUGAGGCAGUUAAACAACUGAAGCAGCUUGAGCUGAACUCAAGUUCUAGUAACUCAGUCUCAGGGAAGGCUAUAGUGGAUGUAUCUGCUAGUAAUCUAUCAUUGGAAAUGUGGCUGAAGGAUUCUGUGCUUGCUUCAUUUCCAGAUACCCAAGACUGUUCUUCAUCACUGGUCAAUUUCUUUAAUGCUGAAAAGAAAACCACUGGAAGCAAGAGAAGUAGAGGAGGUCCAGAGACCUUGUCUACAAUAGGUCGUAGACCUCUCUCGGCCUCUGUAGCUUUAGAACGGAGAGACUUUGAAGAGCCUCGCUCAUAUAUGAACUCUUCUCAUCUAGGGUUUGCUGUCAAGCAGCUGACUCCUACUGAUUUGCAGAGUUCACUGCUGUCUGGCAAGAAGGACAAUGGGAGCAACCUUAGUGAGUCACCUGCUCAGUUGAAAAGGAGCCUUGGCAGUCAUCGCAAUGGAUUUUGGGAUAGUUACUCUAGUCAUGCACACAUAUUUGGAAGAAUAACAUAUAUUACAGUUCUAGGUUGCGUUGUAUUUGCUUCCUUCAAGUUAUUAGGAGUGAACUCAAGCAAAGAAAAAGCUGGUUCUCAUUGGGCUUCUGCUAGAGCCAACGGUAACAUUGUGUUGACAGCAGAUUCUUCUGUGGACCACAAUGUAGGAUCCGCUUAUAUAAAGGGAAGUAAAUUUACCGACGGACUGAAGAGACUUCUGGCAAUGAUAAAGUUUAUGCAUCAGUCAGAUGUUGGAAAUGGACGUGGCUCAUGGCCAGCUUCUACAUCACCUUCCUCCCUUAUUAAUAAGAGGCCAAUGCCUAUGGAAGAAGCAGAAGUUCUAAUUAAGCAAUGGCAAACUGUCAAAGCUGAAGCUUUGGGACCUCACCACCAAGUUCAUAGUCUAGCUCAAGUUCUUGAUGAGUCAAUGCUUGCUCAGUGGCAAGCUUUGGCUGACACAGCAAGAGAAAAGUCUUGUUAUUGGAGGAUUAUUUUGCUCAAAGUGUCUGUCCUGCGAGCUGACAUUUUAGCAGAUGGGAAUGGAGAAGAAAUGGCAACAAUAGAAAGCCUCUUAGAAGAAGCAGCUGAGCUUGUUGAUGCUUCUCAGCAAGAUAAUCCUAACUACUAUAGCACCUACCUAGUUAAGUACGUGCUGAAGAGACAAGAUGAUGGAAGAUGGAAAUUCUGCGAAGGCACUAUAGAAGUACCCUAAUAUCAAGGUCUAUUCCUAUGACACGCCAGAUAGUUAAUGUUUCUGCUAACAUGGCUCUUUUCCAAAUUCUCACUUCUAGAGCCUUCAACAAAAGUUUGAAGCUGAUCCAAGCAUAGGCAGAUUAUAAUAUCUUUACUUUUUUCACUGUACAUCAUGUAGAAAACUGAUUUACCUUGUCCUUUUCCCCCUUGGUGCUUCCUGAUUACUUGUAAAGGCCUGAUUGAUUGAUGUAUGCAUAGGUUUAACAAGCAAUUUUCUCCUCAUUUUUUCUAGUGUUAACAAAAGUAAUUCUGCAACCAAGUUGUUGGAUUAUUA